UUGCAUCAAGUAAUCAGGUCUAUAAAUACUAUAUCAUGUACAGGACCUGUCUACCGUCAACUGAAAUACGGUGAGCAUUGCGAACCAUUGAGCGGUGAUACCUGCACACAAGGAUCCACUUGCAUUGAUAAUGUGUGCAAAUGCGGACCUGGAUAUGCUUUAAGUCCUAAUGGAUGGUGCGAGAAAUUCGAGUUCAAUGUAAGUUGUGAGAUUGACAGGAUACGACAAUUUUAUGUGGUCCCACAAUGGAAUAUCCGUUUGUUUAAGGGCGGGAAAGUCCCACAGACGUUCCACGAGAACCUUGCAGCACAUACCCCACAAACAGUUGCAACACAACCGCCUGUCCUCAUCCAAACUAUGCCUGAAAUUGUACAGACUACCCAUGAGACCGCUGCUACUCAAGCUCCUACCCGCGAGAUGUGCACUGGUGGCUCGAUCUGUGAUAACGAUUCAAAGAUCUGCAUCUGUGCUGCCGAUCACGUCAUCAUGGAUGGAGUUUGCAGGAGCAAAGGUCUAAAGCAGAUAAUUGUGCUUACAGGCCGAAAACCUCCUGGUGGCCUUCCUCCCAGCAGCAUACCUCAGUUUGUAGUCCUCACCUUCGACGAUGCCGUAAAUGGGCGAACACUUCCCGACUACAGAGAACUGUUUGAAACCGUCAAAUACAGUAUGCUAGCGUACACCCCGCGAUGCAAAAAAUCAGAAAAGGUUUUAAUUUCCAGAAAUCCAAAUGGCUGUCCUGUAAAAGGAACUUUCUUCAUAUCUCACGAAUGGACAAACUACGAUGGUGUACAAUGGCUUUUCCAACAAGGAAUGGAGCUUGCAUCUAACUCAAUCUCGUACGUUUUGGUCCUUGACUUGGAAGACUUUUCAUUCUGGCCCAGUGUCGUGUGCCAGCACCGUUCCCACACCUGUGCGCUAUCCCGCUCAAAAGCACCGCACACGAUCGAUUGGUCAGGCACGAGCUUGGUACGGCGCUGGAACGGCGCUGGCAUGGACAACUCUGGAUGCAGCCUCACUGAGAGCACAUUAUCAAGUCUUUUUUUCAGGCACGUAUCUUUGGAAGAAGCAAAUGCUAAUCGAUGGCUGAAUGAAAUGGAUGGACAACGUCGUAUCAUAGCCAAGUUCGCUAAUGCUUAUGAAGAAGAGAUUGUGGGAAUGCGUGCACCACAACUUGCCUUAGGAGGAGAUGAACAGUUCGAGAUGAUGGCACGAGCUGGUUUCGUCUAUGACAAUUCUAUGUCUGCAAAUCCCGGAGUGAAGGGUGAUCCAUAUUGGCCUCAGACUCUUGAUCACUCAGUCCCAUGGGAAUGCUACGAUGCUAAUUGUCCAAGGAGCUCCUUCCCGGGUAUCUGGACAAUCCCCCUGAAUCAGUUCUAUGGAACGUAUCUACCUCAAAUUGACGGUUUCCGUAGAUCGAGUAUGAUCCGUGCAGCUGUGGAUUUGAAUACAACUGUGGAUCAAUUGACAAAUAUGCUCUUCGCCAACUUUGAUCGAAGCUACACAGCAAGUCGUGCUCCGUACGUGCUAGCCCUAAAUGCGGACCUUCUCCAACUCAACGGCAAAAAUACCGGCAUGCAAGCAUUGCAACGAUUUUUGGAGGAGGUUCUGUACAGAAAAGAUGUCUAUGUGGUUACACUGAAACAACUUGUGCAGUGGAUGAAAAACCCCGUUCCACUGAGUCAAAUAACACAGUCUGAAGCCGUGAAAUGUGCACAAGGCCCGUUGUUGCACCAAUAUCCGGCUAUGUCGCAGAAAUCAUGUUCAAAACCGAACAAAUGCAUGUAUCGAACGCCUGGUCUAAGUAGUCAGGAACAUCAAUUUCUUACUUGUUCACCUUGCCCCGAACAAUAUCCUUGGCUUGACAAUCCAAUUGGCAACAUCACUCCUUGA